AUGGAGGAGCAGUGGUGGAAAGGGGAGCUGGCAACAGACAUCCAUCAGACCUUGAGGACGAAGGAACUUGAGCUGCCUGCUUAUAAGGCUCAUUCACCACAGAUUGGGAUGCGCAGAUACUUCAUUGAUCUCUUGACUGUCCUCAGCAACCACUGCAGGCUCUGCCCUACGGCCCGGCAUCUUGCCAUCUAUUUGUUGGACCUCUUUAUGGAUCGCUAUGAUAUCACUGUCAAGCAACUGCACAUCAUUUCAUUUGCCUGUUUUCUCCUAGCAAGUAAAUUUGAAGAAAAAGAAGAUAAAGUUCCAAAGUUGGAGUACUUAAAUAACCUGGCAUACAUGUACAACAUGAAUGUGGUACUGAACAAGAAAGAUUUGCUUAGAAUGGAGAUGCUGCUUUUGGAAAACUUCAACUGGAACCUCUGUCUACCAACACCAGCACACUACAUUGACUACUACCUCUACGUGUCCAUUGGUGAGAAUGACCUUCACAAUGGCUGGCCGAUCACCUCACUGACCAAAAUCAAGGAUUUUCUGCAGAAAUAUGCAUAUUAUUUCCUUGAUUUCUCAGUGCAAGAUCACACCUUCCUCCAUUUUCGCCCAUCUCUGAUUGCUGCAGCUUGUGUGUGCGCCUCACGUAUCUGUAUGCAGAUCUCUCCUGUCUGGACAACACAGCUUGAAUUGCUAACACGUUAUUCCUGGGAACACCUUGCCCAAUGCAUUGAAAUGAUGCUUAUAUAUUAUGAAAAUGACAUCAAAGAAGCCAGUAACAUGAAAAAGCAAGCAACAAUUCAGCAUCAAGAACAGGAAGCAGUGAGAAAUCUGAGCCAUCAAGUCACUACUCAAGUUCUCUUCCAGCAAUCCAGUUAUCACCCUUUAGCCCAGCAUUCAGCUACACUUUCCCAGUUCCAGUCACCAGUGCAAGAUUUGUGCUCUGCGUAUCGUGACUCCUUACAGGCCCACAGGCCCAGUGGUCUCCUUGCUGGGAAUGCUGACAGCUCAUUGCACUCCUAUGCAGCUCUUCAGGCCAGCCUUCGGCCACCUGCCCAGACUCUGCCCAUCCAAACGCCCAUUGCUGUGCAGGUGGCAUUAGGAACAGAGCCCAGACACUGCAUUUCCACACCUUACGGCAGCAGUUUCUUCAGUGGUCACCACUCGUAUGCAGCUGGGUGUUUAGAUGGAUAA